AGGUCCCUGAGUUGUUGGAUGUUGUGGAAAAAUGAGAGCUGUGGGAUGCAGAGGUUUCACAAAGGAAAUGGUUGCCAAGCCUCGGAUGAAUAAGGCUGUAAGAUGUGAACCGAGUCAGGAAAAAGCAGUUCUUAAAGAGCAGAGCCCAGACCCUUUCAGGAUGGUGCUGGUUGGGAAGACUGGCAGUGGUAAGAGUGCCACUGGAAACACCAUUUUGGGGAGGGAAUGCUUUCAUUCUAAAGUCAGCAUAAAGUCAGUAACCAGACUUUGCAAGAAAAAAGAGGGAGAGAUUGACGGGAGGCCUGUUGUUGUGGUCGACACCCCCGGUUUGUUUGACACAACUCUGUCCAAUGAUCAAGUCAAACAGGAGCUUGUAAAAUGUGUCAGCAUGUUGGCUCCUGGUCCUCAUGUGUUCUUACUGGUGCUGCAGAUUGGUCGCUUUACACAGCAGGAGAAAGAAACUGUGGAUCUGAUAAAGAGGUUUUUUGGCAAGAAGUCAGCAGACUUCUCAUGGUUAUAUUCACCAAGAGGAGAUGAUCUUAAAAAUCAAACAGUUGAGAGUUACUUGAAAGAAGACAGUGAGGACUUUGUCAAAAAGCUGAUAAAUGAAUGUGGAGGACGAUACCAGGUCUUCAAUAACAAUGAUCAGAAAAAUCGCUCUCAAGUCAGCCAGCUGCUGACCAAGGUGGAGUCAAUGGUGAGGAAAAAUGGCAGCAGCUACUACACCUCAGAGAUGUUCCAAGAGGCUGAGGCAGCCAUACAAAAGGAAAUGCAGAGGACUGAGGAGAAGGAAGAGGAGAUACAGAGACAGGAGCAGGACCUUAAAAGACAACAUAAAGAAAAACUGCGAGAGAAGGAGAAAAAAUUGAACAAGAAAGAGCAGAGAGAGUCAAAGCACUUAAAGAAAGGAGGAACAAAUCUGCAAAGAGCAGAUGAGGAAGAAAAGGGAGGAUGAAAAAAGAGCAAAGGAGCAAAGGGAGAAAGAGAAAGGCAGGAGGAAAGUCAGCGACAGCAGUGGGAACAAAAAAUGGAUUUGGAGAAGGAAAUCAAGUUUCAACCAGAAAAAAAACCAACUGCUGGCCAAAAGCUGAUACACAACAGAGAAGAAAUACAAGAACGAGAAGCUUGGGAGAAUGAACAAAAAGAAUGGUGGGAUAAACGACGUCAAGAAGAUCAACAGAGAAAAGAGGAGGAGCAAGCACGACUGAAAAAGCUCCAAGAAGAAUAUGAGCAGGAAAGAAGAGAAUACGAACACAGAAGACAAGAAGAAGAUCGACUCAGAAAAGAACAGGAGGAAAAAGAAUGGAAAGAAUUACAAGAAAACUUUCAGAAUAAAGUGGAGGAUAUGAAGAAGAACAAUGAAGAGGAGGCCAGAAAACAAGCUGAAGAGUUCAAUGAGUUCAGACAAAAAUAUACCACGGACUUUGCUGCUCUGGUGGAAAAGCAUGAAAAGGAAAUGGAGGAGAUGAAGCAAAAGCAACAACAAAACAAAGACUUUAUGAUUAAACGCCUGUGCAUGAACAACGCAUAUCAGAGAGACUUUAAUAGACUGAAGAAAAAACAAGAAGAAGAAAUGUAUGACCUUAUGCACAAACCUUUCACACAAAACAAAGACAUUGAUGAACUGAACAAAGUACAUGAAGAAGAGAUAAAUGACUGGAUACAGGAUCAUGUGAAGAAAUCCACAGAAGACAAGGCUUGUUGCAUUUUAUGAGAUGGUUUCUCACAACAGCAGCAAGGUUUUAACUGCAAGACUUUGGUAGUUUUUGGUUUUGUAUUGACACAAAUUGUGCCAGAGUGUAUAGUUUUGGCAUACUGGUUAUGUGUACAUACAGGCUUUUAUCAAGUAUAUUAUAUUUCUUUGCUAAUAAUUUUGUUAAAUAAAUAAUAAAUAAAUAGCUAGAGUAGAAAUAAUGACAUAGAGCUGUUUCGGUCCUACUGAAAAGGCAACUGUGUAAGUCUCUAUGAACAUUUAAAUCCCUGUAAGCACCCGAUCAAUCUCAAAACAUUUUCUUGCAAAUGCAAAUGAACUUCCCUUGUGUAAGUAUAUAAAGCAAACUGCACUAUACUAGUCUGUAUAGAGAUUUUUUUGUUGUUGUUCAAUUCAAAUACAACGUGAAGAAAGAACCAGCUGCUCCUGAUGAUGACUGAUGAUUGAAUUUCAUCCAACAGAAGAUGUUAAAACAGAUUAUGACUAAGCAAUAUUUACCAUAAUCAGCAGUUAUGAACUCUUCCAGAUAUUUCAUUGUUAAGGAACAUGACAUUAAAAUAGGUUUAGUUUCACUUUCUUGCAAAAAUCAAAAUAAGCAUUAUUACUACUAUUAGUUAUUAUUAGUUGUACAAGAAGAUCCUUUACUCUCUGUAUGUUGCAACUGUGGAUCAAACUUGUUACACCACAUUCACACUUUCAGAAAUACUCUGACCCAAAUGACUGGCCAUAACAAAUUGGCUCAAUCACUCAAGUCUUUACACCAGUCCAUUUCUCAUAUAUCCAACAUGUUUACUAUGAAAAUGUACUGUGGUGGAGUAUAUUAACAGUAGCUAAUUAAUGUUAAAUGUUAACAUUUAGUAUGUUACAGCUGUUACAUAUGUGUUAGAACAUCAAUAUCAAACCACUGUCAUCUCAUUUUCAGGCUGUGGAUUAGGCUAGUUUAAAUAACGUUGAAUAAUUUAGCAGCUACCACUAAAAACUGUAGUAUUUCUGUCUUUGCCUUGUAGAUAUUAUUAAUUUCUGUUACUUGCAAAUGUUGAAAGCUAAAAGUCACAAGCUUCGAUAUGGGAUACAAAAGGACAUGGAUUUCAUAAAUGGAUCUGAUACUGGAUUGAGAUUUAAUAAAAUUCCAAACCUCAAACUACAUACUUAUUUACCACAAUAUGUAACUGCUUCCUGCUGUGCUUUCGGUCCUCUUAACUAACCUUUCUAGGAAAGCAAUUGUGAUCACACGCAUCUAUUGUACUUGUCCUUGACAAUGGGAGGUCUUCAGAUUUGUGCAAAUACCUCUGUUCCUAUCUCUCAAACAGAAACAUGCCAAAUCCAAAAUUCUUAUUUGACUGAUGUUUUAAAAUUGCAUAAAUACUUUUAUUGUAAGUUUGCAUGAUUUUCUAUAAGCUGCAGAGCCACCUGUUACAACUUUCCCAACCCUGACUACCAUAAAUCAUUUAUCACUUCUGUGAAUUAUCAAUCAUGUUUACUGGCAGCUAUGCUUAUUCUAUUUUCUGCUUGUUGUGCCGCGUCCUGUCAAUAAUGGACUCUUUCUUUGUUGCCAUACUUAUGUUGAGCCCUGCCCCUUCAACUGCUAAUAAAAAGACUGACUUGGGUAAGUUAAUGUCACUAUUAAACUGGCACUUUGAUGAAAAAUAAGGCAAAGAAUUUCACCUGGUGAAUAGACAGACACAAAAUAAAUGCAACAAAUGUCUAAAAAUAUAUAGAUGUUUAAUACUACUACUAAAUACCACUUUUAAAUCUAGUAAUGACAGAUGACAGUUUAUUGAAUAUCCGCUGUUCUGGUGAUAAAAUGGGCCAGAUGGACCAGUACAUCAUGGACCAGUAUAUCAUUUGGGUAUAUGAUUUUUAAUGUACUUUACAGUUUUUGUAUUGAGAUGCAUUACAUUAAACAUGCUAAAUUAAAGUUAUUUUAAUCUUUGA